UACUUCACGUGAUACUGAGGGCAUGCAGACCCGACAGCUGCUUCUUCUCAGCUCUUACAUGCUUUGUCAUGAAGCGCACCCUUCGUUUCACCCAUCACCAUCCAGUCUUUACUCAUAUCGGGGAAUGGGAAUGAAAUGAAAAAUACACUAAUACUUUUUCAACAACACACUUGCCCCUGCCCUUUUCCCCAGUCAAUCCCACAAAUGCUUCGUCUUCUCUUCUCAAAUGCCUUUCUUUUGCUUUCCUUUUCUACCAUAUUCACCGCCGCUUCCACCACUUCUGAUGCUACUGCGCUUCUCGCAUUCAAAUCUACUGUCGAUUUAAACAGCAAUCUGCCUUAUUCUCAAAACACAACCUCCCAUUUCUGUGAAUGGGUAGGAAUUAAAUGUUUCCAGCGAAAAGUGGUCCGUCUGGUUCUUCACAACUUAGAUCUUGGCGGUACUUUUGCUCCCGACACUUUGACUCUCCUUGACCAGCUCCGCGUCCUCAGUCUGCAAAACAACUCAAUCACCGGUCCCAUUCCUGAUUUAUCAAAACUCGUUAAUCUCAAGUCCCUUUUUCUUGAUCACAACUCUUUUACAGCUUCUUUCCCCCCUUCUCUCCGUUCGCUCCACAGGCUCCGCACUCUCGAUCUUUCCCACAACAAUUUAUCCGGACCUAUACCUACCUGGUUAAGCUCUUUAGACCGGCUGUACUCCUUCCGUCUCGAUUCCAACCGGUUCAAUGGCAGCAUUCCUCCGCUAAACCAGUCAUCUCUUAAAACCUUCAAUGUCUCCUACAAUAAUUUCACUGGUGCAGUUCCUGUUACACCUACGUUACUUCGUUUUGAUCUUUCUUCCUUUCUAUCAAAUCCUAAUCUUUGCGGAGAGAUUAUACACAAAGAAUGCCAUCCUAGUCCCCCAUUUUUCGGUUCAUCGCCGCCUUCAUCUCCGCCGCCUGCAGUAACGCUUGGUCAAAGUGCCGAAUUACAUGGCGUUGACUUAUCGCAACCGAGCUCCAAAACAAAACACAAGAGAACAGCAUUAAUCAUCGGGUUUGCAUCAGGUGUAUUUAUUUUCAUCGGUUCGCUUCUUUGCUUUGCAAUGGCUGUGAGAAAACAGAGGAAUCAAAAGAAAUCAAAAGAGACAGUUACAUCAGACGGAUGCGGCGGCGUUGCUGCUGUAGCGGCGGUGAUGCAAAUAGAUCAGCAAGAAAAUGAGUUAGAAGAGAAGGUGAAAAGAGUGCAAGGGAUGCAUGUAGGGAAGAGUGGGUGUUUAUUAUUCUGUGCGGGUGAGGCACAGCUUUACACGCUGGAUCAGCUUAUGAGAGCUUCAGCUGAGUUGUUAGGUAGAGGCACAAUUGGGACCACAUAUAAGGCGGUGUUAGAUAAUCGUCUGAUUGUGUGUGUUAAAAGGCUUGAUGCUAGUAAAUUGCAAGGCAACAGCAAAGAUGAUUUUGAGCGGCACAUGGAGUCAGUUGGCGGACUUAGGCAUCCAAAUUUAGUUCCUCUUAGAGCUUAUUUUCAAGCUAGAGAAGAAAGGCUUCUUAUCUAUGAUUAUCAACCUAACGGCAGCCUCUUUUCUCUCAUUCACGGUUCGAAAUCAACAAGAGCAAAACCACUCCACUGGACAUCAUGUUUAAAGAUAGCAGAGGAUGUAGCACAAGGCCUCUCUUACAUCCACCAAGCAUGGAGGCUUGUCCAUGGCAAUCUCAAGUCCUCAAAUGUACUUCUGGGUCCUGAGUUCGAGGCAUGUAUUGCCGAUUACUGCCUUGCCGUUCUCGCUACUUCACAGUCAUUACAAGAUGACAAUAACAACCCAGAUGCCACGGCAUACAAAGCACCAGAAACUCGUAAUUCAACUCACCAAUCAACCUCCAAAUCUGAUGUGUUCUCAUUUGGGAUUCUCUUGUUAGAGCUGUUAACUGGAAAGCCUCCGUCCCAGCUUCCAUUUUUAGUUCCUGAUGAUAUGAUGGAUUGGGUAAGGUCCGCUAGGGAAGAUGAUGGCAGUGAAGAUAGUAGAUUAGAGAUGCUUCUUGAGGUUGCUUUAGCUUGUAGCUCGACCUCCCCCGAGCAAAGGCCCACUAUGUGGCAAGUACUAAAGAUGCUACAAGAGAUUAAAGAAACUGUACUAUUGGAGGAUAGUGAAGUGGACCAACAUGUUGUCAUGUCCUAGUGUUAUUAUAUGUACCCCCUACAAUAUUUAUUAUAGAGUGAAGGAAUAGGGUGAUAUAAAGACGCAUCCUACAUUAUAUGCAAGUCUUUGAUCUACAUUCAA